AGCAGGAAACUGUCGUUUCCGUCUUGGACCGCAGUUAGCAGUUGUUGGGACACACUCCCAUUCAUUUAUAAUUAUUUGCCAUUUCUCUGUUCUCCAUGACAAUUGGAAGGGGCGUAUCUCCGAGUGGAAAGGAAUUUGACUACCAGUAUGCGUCAAAAUGGAAUAAUCAAAUCCGAUACGCACCCAGCUGCUAAAGUGGCUGCUAGCUUGAUGGGUAACGCUAGCUAGCUACCGUAGCUCACCAGCCUGCAAGAGGCGAGCAGACUUUAACAGUCGCUAGCUGUUGUUGACCUCCUUUACGUGUUCUUUGUACAUUGCCUGUACUUGGCAACCAGGCUACCUAUUAUUGUGUGACGUAAAAUCCCAAUAUGGAGCUGUUUCAGGCGAAAGACGAUUACAUACUUCAGAGCGGGGACCGUGCUCUGUGGUGCAGCCGAAAAGACGGGACCAUGGCCGUCAGACCUGCAACAGACCUACUGCUAGCUUGGAAUCCAGUGUGUUUGGGAUUGGUAGAAGGUGUCAUUGGAAAGAUACAACUUCAUACAGAUCUUCCUCUUGGCCUAGUAUUGAUUCGCCAGAAAGCACUGGUGGGCCAUCUACCAGGCAACCACAAAGUCUUCAAGAUCACCAAAAUAACAGUCAUUCCUCUGUCUGAUGAAGAGCCUCAGGAGCUUGAACUGGAGGAGAGCUUCAUGGAUGGUGAGACAGAAUAUUUUCAACUUUGCAAGAAACAUCACUUUGGAAUCGACAAACCAGAGAAACUGACUCAGUCUCCAGAUGAGUCAAAGUUCUUGAUGAAAACUUUAAGCCAGAUCAAAUCUAAUGUGGCAGUUCCCAUCAAGAAAAAGUAUUCCCCUGCAAUCCAGGUUAAGGAAAACAAAGAGAAGGAACGCAUGGAAAAACGGUUGCUGGAUGAGCUCUGCAAGAUAUUCAUGGAUUCAGACUCCUUCUAUUACAGUACGACCUAUGACCUGACAAACAGUGUCCAGCGUCAAGGGGACUCAGGCAACUCCAGCUUACCUCUAUGGAAGCAGGUUGAUGACCGUUUUUUCUGGAAUAAGCACAUGAUCCAAGACCUUAUCGACCUUCAGGCACCGGAGGUAGAUUUCUGGGUGACGCCAAUCAUCCAGGGUUUUGUACAGGUAGAAGAACUGGUGGUGAACUACAAUGAGACAUCCGAUGAGGAGCGGAGCAGCCCUGAAACCCCCCUAGAGGAGGUCACCUGUGUUGAUGACAUGCAUCCCCACUUUACUGUAGCACUUAUCUCCAGACGUAGCCGCCACCGCGCAGGGAUGCGGUACAAACGAAGAGGAGUGGAUACUGAUGGCCAUGUUGCCAACUAUGUGGAGACAGAGCAGCUGAUCCACGUGCACAGCCACACCCUAUCCUUCGUGCAGACACGCGGCUCCGUGCCGGUCUUCUGGAGCCAGGCAGGGUACCGCUACAAUCCCAGGCCACGCUUAGAGAAAGGAGAAAAGGAGACCAUUGAGUACUUUGCUGCUCACUUUGAAGAACAGCUUCAACUCUACAAGACACAGGUCAUCAUUAACUUAGUGGACCAAAGUGGACGGGAGAAGAUAAUUGGUGACGCAUAUCUGAAGCAAGUCCUGCUCUACAACAACCCUAACCUCACGUAUGUUUCGUUUGACUUCCAUGAGCACUGCCGAGGUAUGAAGUUUGAAAAUGUGCAAAUACUGACAGAUGCCAUCUCUGAUAUCAUAACUGACAUGAAGUGGGCCUGGGUGGAUCAGGCGGGAGUCAUUUGUAAGCAGGAGGGUAUCUUCAGAGUAAACUGCAUGGACUGUCUUGACAGGACCAAUGUGGUCCAGGCUGCUAUUGGUCGGGUGGUGAUGGAACAACAGUUAAAGAAACUAGGUGUGAUGCCUCCAGAACAGCCUCUGCCUCCCAAAUGCUACAAAAUUUAUCAGAUCAUGUGGGCCAACAAUGGAGACAUCAUCAGCAGGCAGUAUGCAGGCACAGCAGCGCUUAAGGGAGAUUUCACCAGGACAGGAGAGAGAAAAUUGGCUGGCGUAAUGAAGGAUGGUGUGAACUCAGCCAACCGCUACUAUUUGAACCGCUUUAGAGACGCUUACAGACAAGCAGUUAUUGACCUAAUGAUGGGCAUACCAGUGACAGAAGACCUCUACUCCAUCUUUAGUAAGGAGAAGGAACAUGAAGAGAAAGAGAAAGAAAGCCAGAGGGGAGCACAGGAACAGGUCAGCCUGCUGCUGCAGACCUACAUGCAGCUUCUGCUGCCUGAUGAUGAGAAAUUUCAUGGAGGUUGGGCCCUCAUCAAUUGUGACAUGAGCCUCAUUGAUGCAUCAAACAAAGACGUAGAUGUGUUGCUCCUUCUUUCUGAAAAAGCCUAUUACAUUGCUUUCUACGAUGAAGAAGCAGAUAAAGUCAACCAAUACCAGCGCCUCAAUUUGGAUGGUUUGGAAAAGAUCGAAAUAGGUCCAGAGCCUACACUGUUUGGGAAACCAAAGUUCUGCUGUAUGCGUUUGCAUUACAGGAGUGAAGAUACAAGUGGAUUCUUUCACACGCUGAGAGCAGCAACACGAAAUCCUGAGGACGAUGGAAAAGACACAUUACAAUGCAUAGCUGAGAUGCUUCGCAUAACCAAACAAGCCAUGGGUUUGGACUUGCUUGUAGUCGAGAAGAAGCUUGAGAGGCGGCAGUGUAAACCUCAUGAGGAUAUAAUGGCCAUCCAGAACAAACCUGCUGACCAGGGUAGCUCUGGGCUGGCACAGGGCAAGAGUUUCCUCCUGAACAAAUUCUCUUCUCUCAAUCAGAAAGUGAAACAGACUGGCCCUUUUAAACCCCUUGGGAGGUUGGGCAACUUCUCUAAGCCAGAUGUUAAAGUCAAUUUCCUUAAGCCGACUAUGCAUGUCAACCUUUGGAAAUCUGACAGCAGCUUGGAGACAUCAGAAAACAACCCUGGAACAGGAUGCAUCAAAGAUGUUGGAGAUGGGAACUCUGAAAUCUCAGACGACUCUGACUCUUAUAUUUCUGAUCCAGAGCAACCAUGUUCUUUGGAAAACAUGGACUAUGUGCUACCAAGUUGCGGUAUUGUAGCAUCAAACCCACGCCUGGGGAGUCGCUCCCAGUCUAUUGCUAGCAUAGAGCUAAAUAUCCCCACCAUGAUACGGGUCACUGGGUGUGAUGGGAAGCAGAAAAGCCCCUUUGAAGCUGGUAAUGACAAGUCACCAGGAGCUGCUUCAGUGGCUGAAGAAGCCAUUCUGAUUGACUUUGGUACUCCCAUUGAUGCCUACUGUCACCAGUUUGUCCAGGAUGCACAGACCAAACCUGUUGAGGUGUUUGGAGAGCAACCAACAUCUGCUGUUCCCCCUCUCAACCCUGUGGUGCCAGUGCAGAAUAAGACCCCUGCAGACUCAGACAAGCAGUCGAGCUCCGAGUGGCAGCAUGAGGAUCCUCAGCUCCCCAGGCCAUCCCAGCUUGACGUUGAGUUAACUACUUCCAGUUUCAACCUCCUCACAGUCCAAAAAAACAGCUCUGUAGCCUCGGGAGGUUCUCAGAGGAGUCUGAGUUCGCAGAUGGAGGGCAGCCAAGGCCCUUCGCCUGCUGACAGCAAUGGCAGCCGAGUAGUGUCCCCAUUUGCCAAGAUCAAGAGCUCAAUGGUUCAGGUGGCAAGCCUUACCCAGGCUGGACUUACACAAGGUAUCAAUUUUGCUGUGGCAAAGGUACAGAAGAGCCCAGAACCAGAGUCUAUCAGUGAAGCCCAAGAGAGCGAGCUUAAGGCAAUGUUUACACAGUGCCAGACCAGGAUUAUUCAAAUCUAGUGCUUUCUUUGUAGCAAGAUUUUGUAGUUGUAUAUUGUUUUGAAACUUCCUGUAUGGUAGCAGUAGCAAAGGUUGGACAUAGGGUCACUUUUCAGCCAGCAAAGCACUCUUUAAAUUACCCCUCAAUUAAACGUGUCCUUGUUGGUGAUACCUCUUUUACAAUACUAACAAAUAUGUAUUUAUAGUCAACAUGGUGGUGACUAUGUUUACAUGCACAUUAUUAUGGAUUGCCUGGUACAGUUUUUUUUACUACAAAGGAAGUUUGAAUUUUACCCCUUUUGCCAUUUAACUUUUCAAACUUAUAAUUUUCUCUUUUACAAAUUAUAUUUCUGUGGACAAAUAACUUAUCAAUAUAUUCCCACCCUUUCGAAAUUGCAAUGAUGGUGUAACAUGGGAUUUCUGAUGUAAAUGUGGAACUAGAACUAAGAGCCUAUGCUGUGUCUAAACGAUCAUGGUUAAUCUAAUUAAGUAUUUCUGGAAUACUUUAUCAUUCCUAUCUGUCUGUAAGAACAUUUUAUUGAAAUGAGUGUAUGUGAAUCCAAAUCCUAAUUCAAACCAGAAACUUUCUUGUAAAAAGAACUAAGACAUUCAGGUUUUUGAGAAGUUUUUUAAGUCUUCUACCUUCAGAGUGGUAUGCAAAGUAUUUUUGUGCAUGUAAACAUGACCCCCUUUUCAUCUGGAAAGAUAAUGUACCCACAGUGCUUGCAUGUGAGGUUUAUGGUAACAGUUAAUAAUGACAUGGCAGAGAAACAUGAAGCUGGAUGUUAAAAGAUAAACUCUAAAUGUGUUAUGUACUUUAUGUGAUCCAUUAUGUGCAGCUCACAUAUUGGCGUUUGUUAUCUGGACUGUUGUGGAAAACUCAUUUGUGAUUCCUAAAGGAUGAGUCUGUGUUCAUUAUCAAUUUGUAUAGCUGUUAGAAACUAGCCAAACCACAUAGUGUACAUAGUUAUCCCAUGUAAAACCAUUAUGCCAAAUGUAACUCAGAAAAAUACUGUUCUAGAAAUCACUUCACAAACCCUUAGUAAGAGUGUCCUUGUUGAUCAUGUGUAAAGUAGGUACUGUAUAUUUUUCCUGGGUCAAGAUUUCCCUUAAGCUUCUUGCUUUGAUGGUAGAGUUGCAGCUUAAUAAGUUAAAAGAUAAAGGAAUUAUAUUUUGAAAUGAAAGCCUAGCAAUGUAAUUGUUAACCAUGAAUAACCAGAAAAACACUGCUUGGAGUUGUUUUAAAUAGAUACAUGUUUCUGCUCAUGGUUUGUUUAUUGAGUCCUCAGCCAGUGUUGUACAUUUUUGUUGCAAGUUUGAUAAAAACAGGAGAGUAGCAUAUAGUAGAUAUAUAUGCAAUUGCACCCACUGAGGAAUACAUAUGCUUUAUGCACUCCUCAAACUGAAAAUAUUUGCCUUAACAGGAAUAGUUUAUGUAUAUCAGGUAUUUAUGGCAAAAUCUACCUUAUUAAGUUGAUUCAACAGGUUACAUUUGGUGUACUGUAUAAACAAUGAUGUUCAGGGUUUAUUGUGUCAUCAAGCUUUAUCUUGGGAUAUUUCAUGUACCACCACUGACAUUCAAUUUUAUAAUUAUGUUAUUGAUUUUUAUGCAUGUGCUGUACUAUAUCGAUUUCUGAGUUUAGUUUUUUUGAGGAUCCCUGCUGCUCUUUAUGCUGGUGUCAGUGUAUUAAACAUGUUGGGACCCUUGGAGUUGAAAUCCCAAGAUAAAUCUUCACUCACUCCAUAUAUGUCUUAACAUUUCAUUUGACAUCGUUUAAGAAGGACUGAGGGCUGCGUUGUGGAGGCUACAUUAUAAAGAUAUUGAGCAAGCUGUAAGGAAAUGUUUUGAUGUAGAGGAUAAAGGGUGUCUGUUUUUUUUUCUUUUUACUUCCUCUAGGAUUGCAAACACUGGAGCAGUUCUCAAGUAGAAUAAGAGUGUAUUCUGUUCUUAACUGUCUGGAUGAAUCUAAAUGAAACAGUAAUCCUCAACAUUACUGAUUGAGAUCACAAAGACCAACCAGUGUUGGAAUCUGGUUUUAUAUGCAAAUGCUGGGAGCCUUAUUUGACCCCAUAGUUGGUGGUUAAGCUUUCCUUCCUUUCCAGUUUUACACCAAGUGCUUUUGCAGCCACCUGUUUGUUGUAUGUGGUUGUCCACCCUUCCCACGAGGCAAGACAAUGAAAAACAGCAAUUGAUUUCAGUUUGAGCACAUUUUCUGUUAUACGCAUCAUUCCAUUUGUCAGUGCUCAUAUUUUCCUUCUACUUACCAACUUACUGUUGUCAUUGUUUUACAGUGUACUGAUGUAUUUAAUGUCUAUUAAACUGAUCUAUUUAUUCUUAUCUUUGGGUGUUACUUGAUGACAUUGUGCUUUUGAUUUGUUUUUACAUUUCACUGGAAUAAAAACAAAUUAAUGAUU